AUGUCUCGUAUAAUCAGCAAAUUAGUAUAAAUUAAUGCUAUUUAGUUUUCUGACUCUUCUGCUUCAGAAAAAGAUCUACCUUAAGGAUUUGCUGAACAGAUAUUGUAACAUGACAUCAAUUUUGUGUUGAGCAAUUUUACUAAUCUAGAUGCUUUGAACCAUUUGGUUUAAUUGUAUAUGAAAGGAGUUGAAUACUAUGAAUCAUUAUAGGAUCGAAAAUAGGAAUAUUUUAAAUAUAAACUACAUUGGUUGAUGAGUCAUCCCAACCUAUUAUAAGAAAAAUCAAAAAAAGUAGAAAUGCAUUACCCAUCUAUUCAAGAAAAAUUACUCUAAAAAAUAGAGCCUGACGGAAAAAACUAAGUCCAAUAAUUAAUAACAAACAUUCAAUAGGACAAAUAAAAUCAUUUGAAGUUAUAAAAACUUAUAUCUAAUGAAAUAAACGAUCAAUAAUAAAGGAUCAAUAACAGAUUAAGAUAGAGAUCAACUUCAAAAAAUGAGAGAGAUAUAAAAUAGCAACCUUAAACUUAUUAUAAUCAUGUUUACUAAAAUUAAAUUCAUAGCCUUUAAUAACCGCAAAUAAAAGAAGCUAAACCAGAAGAUGAACAGUCAUAUGUUAUAUCUAAAAAUAUAUCACCCCAUAAAUGAAGUAUUCUGUAAAAGAAUGUAUUAUAACUUAUACAUAAA